UCAGCAUCAGGAAGUGUCAUUGUGGUUUGUAAGGCUGUGUCUGUCAGUGUAUGUCUCAUAUGGUGUGUGUAAGCAAACCGGAGAAAGAUGUCUGGAACACGGUCCCUCUGCUGCCAUGUCAACACGGCCACCCGAGCCUCUGCCAUCUUAUACUUGGUGUUUAAUCUGCUGGUGGCUGUGGAUUUGACCAUUGGAAUAAUCCGAGAGAAAGAUCCGAUCACUGUCUCCUAUACUGAAAUGAAACGUACCCAUAGCAAUUGCAUCUUUGAAAUUAGCACCAACUUCAUUACAUUGCUUCUGAUGUCAUUCUCCAGUGUGCUGGUUAUGUUGUCUCACCGUAAGGGGUCAAUGUGUGUGAUGCCGUUUAUACUGUUCAUGUUUCUUGAUGUGGCUCUGAGUCUUCUCUCCCUGUUUGAUGCUCGGUUUGGACUUCCUGGCACUCCCACGUAUGGAGACGCUCUACGGCUGGCUUCAAACCUAAAAGGCGGGGUCAGGUUGGAGGGAGAGGAGCUGAGCCAUGUCACCUUGAUAUUUGGAGUCCUCUUCGUGAUGUACAUACUGCUGAAGGUGUAUAUGCUCCAGGUGUCCAUUCGCUGUUACUAUGUACUGAAGGGAGAUCGUAUCCCAGCAGCUGAGAACUCUGUGAUGGUGAAACUGCCCUCCUACGAUGAGGCUCUGAAGAUGAAACCUGAGGCCACACUCCCUAACUAUCAGGAGCCAUAAGGCAUAAAGCAAGCACACAGACUUGUUUCAUGCACUUCAUUCUGUGCACACCUGCAGAUGCACACGUGUAUACCAGCAACAUACAUGAUGGCACAUAUCUCAAUACACAAAUAAAAGACAAAAAUUUCCAGUGUUCACACUCAUAGCUACAAAGCUUAAUAUGCACAAGCCAGCUUUCACUGAUUUUAUGAUAUAUGCUUUAAACCAGUAUUAUUUCCAUUUAUACUGCCUUCUCAUAAACCGCUAUAUUUUGAGGAUCUGGUAAAGAAUCUUCCUUUCAUUUUCCUGGUUGAACCUAAUCCAAGGUUUUUAAACCAGUAGUGAUUUCCACUGACUGUACACAGAAAUAGAAAAACAGUAGAAAGUUGUCAAAUUAUUGAACUACUAUUCCAGAUUUGGUUCCUUUUAAGCUAAAGCUAUUUUUUUGUUUGUUUUUUGGAAAUGUAUUUAAGUAAACAGAUUUCAUGUAGAGAUGAUGCCUGAAAAGGUAUAAUUAUACAAAAUAAACAUCAUAACCAGUUCAAAAUGUUA